AUGGCUAGAGUCAAAGCUGAAGGCUCAACUGCCACUCCUCGUGGUUCUAAGAAACUUGGUUCAAACUCACAAACCAAUAGUAAAUUGAAGCAAACAUCAUUGAUGAGUUUCUUUUCAAAAUCUCAAUCACCAAAAACAGGAAACACUGCAAAACCAAAAGAUAAUACAAGCUCUAGACCAACUUCUCAAGAAUCAUUCCCUUCGCCAUCUUCAUCUCCUUCAAGAGAUUCCAAUGAUACCACUCAAAUUCAAUCAUCCCAUACAGAUAAAGAAAAUAUUAAACCAGAUGACACGGUCGAAACCACCGUGGAUUUAGAUGAUGAAGAGGAAGAAGAAGUCAAAGCACCAAUCAAGUUGCCAGCCACACCAGCCACUGACUCAUCUGUUAUUAAAAGACCAUUAAAAGAAUCUAAACAACAACAAUCUGAUCCAUCUUCAUCCCCUGCAAAAUUACCAUCAAGUCCAACCAGAAGACAAAGAAAAAAUGUAAUCAGUUAUAAUGAAGAUAGUGAUGACGAUGAAGAAGGUGAUUUGUCAGUCUCCAAGACUCAAAGACAGCGUAAGAAACGUCGUGUUAUUGCUGAUGAUGGUUCUGAAGAUGAAUUUGUUCCAGAUGCUAAAAGUGAAUCUGAAGAUGACGCGGAUGAAGCUUUUGUUGUUCCAGAUGAUUUCGAAGACAAAAAAGAUCAAGAUGUGGAUGAUGAUCUUGAUGAUGAUGAUUUUAUUGAAAUAACGAAACCUUCUACAAAACCAAAAUCAAAAUCACCGGCCCCUAUUGCAACUUCAACAAAACCAAAAACAAACUUAUCAAAUAAAUUCACAUCAGCUUCACCUUAUAAAGCAAAAGUAUCACAACCAGUUACAAAAUCACCAACACCACCAAAAGCCCAAACAAAAUCACAAAAAUUCACAAAAGAAAAUGAAGAACGUUAUCAAUGGCUUAUUGAUAUUCGUGAUGCUGAUCGUAAUUCAAUAACAGAUCCACAAUAUGAUCCAAGAACUCUUUAUAUCCCAUCAUCUGCAUGGGCUAAAUUCACAAAUUUUGAAAAACAAUAUUGGGAAAUCAAAAGUAAAAUGUGGGAUUGUAUUGUUUUUUUUAAAAAGGGUAAAUUUUAUGAAUUAUAUGAAAAAGAUGCAAUGAUUGCACAUAAUGAAUUUGACUUGAAAAUUGCCGGUGGUGGUAGAGCCAAUAUGCAAUUAGCAGGUAUCCCUGAGAUGUCAUUUGAUUUUUGGGCUACUUCAUUCAUUACAAAAGGUUAUAAAGUUGCAAAAGUUGAUCAAAUCGAAACUGGUUUGGCAAAAGAAAUUAGAGAAUCUAACGGUCAAGCUCCAAAAGGUAAAAAAGAUGUUAUUCAAAGAGAGUUAAAAUGUGUUUUGACUGCUGGUACUUUAACUGAUGAAAGUAUGUUAAGUGAUGAUAUGGCAACUUAUUGUAUUGCAGUCAAGGAAGAUGUUGAUCCUGAAAAUGAAAAUGGUAAAGUCUUUGGUGUUGCAUUUAUUGAUACUGCAACAGGUCAAAUACAAUUAACUGAAUUUAAAGAUGAUAGUGAAUGUACCAAGUUAGAAACUUUGGCAUCUCAAUUGAGACCAAAAGAAUUGAUCAUCUCCAAGAAUAAUUUAUCACAAUUAGCUCUAAGAAUUUUGAAAUUCAAUUCACAAAAUAAUGCAAUUUUCAAUUAUAUUAAAUCUGAAUCUGAAUUUUAUGAUUUUGAUACAACUUUUGAAACUUUAACUCGUGGGAAAUAUUUCCCUGCAGAAUCAUUAGAUGAUUUAUCAAAUUGGCCAAAAACAUUAAAAGAAUUUUAUGAAACACAAAAAUUUGUUGGUUUUUCAGCUUUUGGUGGGUUACUAUGGUAUUUACAAUCCCUAAAAUUAGAUGAAAGUUUAGUUUCAAUUGGUAACAUAUCACCAUAUACUACAAUUAAACCAUCAACAAAUUUAGUAUUGGAUGGUCAAACUUUACAAAACUUAGAAAUAUUUGCAAAUUCAUUUGAUGGUACAGAAAAGGGAACCUUAUUUAAAUUGAUUAAUAGAGCAACCACACCAUUUGGUAAAAGAUUAUUGAAAACUUGGGUUGUUCACCCAUUAUUACAACAAACUGAUAUUGAUGCUAGAUUAGAUUCUGUUGAUCAAUUACUUGAAGAUGGUGACCUCAGAUCAACCAUUGAAUUUUCAUUGGUUAAACUACCAGAUUUAGAAAGAUUAUUAUCAAGAGUUCAUGCGUCACAAUUGAAAUUGAAAGAUUUCACAAGAGUUAUUGAAGGGUUUGAAGACAUUGCUAAACUAUACAAGAAACUACAAAACUUUGAAAUGAAAGGUUCAUUGGGUAAAAUUUAUUCAAAAUUCCCAAAUGAAAUUCAGGAUUCUUUAUCCAAAUGGGAUGAUGCUUUUGAUAGAGUUAAAGCCAAAGAUGAAGGUGUAUUGAUCUUGAGUAAGGGUAUUGAACAAGACUAUGAUGAUUCGGUUUCAACAAUUAAAGAUCUAGAACAUGAAUUAGAAGCAACCAUUAAACAAUAUAGAAGAACUUUCAAAACACAAGAAAUCAAUUACAAAGAUUCCGGUAAAGAAUUGUAUACAAUUGAAAUGCCUUCAAGAAUCACAGUUCCAAAAGAUUGGAAAAGAAUGGGUGCAUCCAAAAAGACAACUAGAUAUUGGUCACCGGAAGUUGAAACAAUGGCUAAAGAUAUUGCAAGAGCCAAAGAAUGUCAUAAACUAAUUGAAGAAUCGUUGAUCACUAGAAUGUUCAAAAGAUUUGAUACCGAUUAUUCUGUGUGGAGUUCAGCGAUCAAUGCAAUCGCUAAAAUUGACUGUUUAGUAUCAUUAGCUAAAACAUCAGAAUCAAUUGGGUUUCCAAGUGUCAGGCCAAAAUUUGUUGAAUCAGAAACUGGUAUUUUAGAAUUUAAAGAAUUGAGACAUCCUUGUUUCAACAUGGGUAUUACUGCAUCAAAAGACUUUAUUCCAAAUGACAUUUCAUUAGGUGGUUCUUCGCCAAAUUUGGGAUUAUUGACUGGUGCAAAUGCUGCUGGUAAAUCAACUGUUUUAAGAAUGACAUGUAUUGCAGUUCUUUUGGCACAAAUCGGAUCUCAUGUUCCUUGUGAAUCUGCAACUUUAACACCAGUUGAUAGAAUAAUGACAAGAUUAGGAGCAAAUGAUAAUAUCAUGCAAGGAAAAUCAACAUUCUUUGUUGAAUUAUCAGAAACCAAAAGAAUUUUAGAAAAUGCUACACCAAAAUCCUUGCUAGUCUUGGAUGAAUUAGGUAGAGGUGGUUCUUCAUCUGAUGGUUUUGCUAUUGCAGAAGCUGUUUUACAUCAUGUUGCUACACAUAUUCAAUCCUUAGGGUUCUUUGCAACACAUUAUGGUUCAUUGGGUCAAUCGUUCCAAAACCAUCCUCAAAUUAAACCAUUUAGAAUGGCCAUCAUUGUGGACAAUGAGUCUAAGAAUAUCACAUUUUUAUAUAAAUUAGAAGAAGGUGCAGCUGAAGGUUCAUUUGGUAUGCAUGUUGCAAGUAUGUGUGGUAUUGAAAAAGAAAUUAUUGAUAAUUCAGAAAUUGCAGCAGAAACAUUUGAGCAUACAUCAAAAUUGAAAAGAACUGAAUUGAAUCAAUUAAGUGCAAUUCCAUUAGGUUUACAGUCUGAUAUUGCAAGAUUGUUGAAACAGGGUUUUAAAAAUUCUGAAAAUGGUGCCGGUGAAGGUGUUUUGAUCUAUAAUGAAACUGUUCAAAAGAAUGCCUUACAAAGUAUCGGUAAAUUGAUCGAUGCUUUAUGA